AUGGAUUGGGAGUCGAUCACGAUGGCUAGUCUUCACCUAACGAUGACCGAACAUCAAUAUUAUGAAGACAUAUUUAGUUAUUGCUGUGAAAAUGCAGACAGCGAUAGUGUACCGGUAAUCAAAGUUGCCGAACUAUUACGCUCGGCAAAUUUACCAGGAGUUGUCACGAUGAAGAUAUUGGAUAUCUGUUUUGGAACUGAAGCAGCACACAUUGGUACGCAUCUUGGAAAAAAACAAUUCUUUGUGCUAUUAAAACUUGUAGCAGCUCAUCAAGCAGGACUUAGUAUCCGUAAAGAUAUAAUUACUAUGCCUUUGGAUGUUAUUACAUUACCAAGAUUUACUUGGCCAGCAUCCGGAGAAGAAGAUGGUAGAAGAAGUUCAGAUUCAAAUAGGGCUAUGAAGAGUCAUCGCCAUGCUCCAGAAAGUACUACAGAAAGUGAAAGUGAAGCAGAGUCUCCAAGAGAAACUGGUGGUAGUACAGAUUCUCCAACACCAACAAAUAGUAUAAUACAGGAGAGAAAUAAUGAUAUAGGUGGUGAAACAAUAUUAGAUUCUGUAUCUGGAGGUUGGCAAGGAUUGUUAGUAUCUGAAGAGCAAAGGCAAUUAUUAGGAACUGAAGAAGAAAGUUCAGAACGUCAUAGCAGUGAUGAAGGUGAAGGAGAUGGUGAUGGCUCAGGAUUUCCACCUGAAGAAGUAUGGAUAAUUAGUGAUGAACAACGUGAAUAUUAUACUACUCAAUUUUCACAAUUACAACUUGAUCCUGAAGGACUUCUACAUGGUUCCAUAGCCAGGACAUUUUUUGAAAAGUCUGGACUUCCUUUAGGAGAACUUAGUCGCAUUUGGCAAUUAGCAGAUAUUACCAGAGAUGGAGCAUUGAGUUUACAAGAAUUUUUAGUGGCUAUGCAUCUUGUUGUGUUACGAAGAAAUCAUGUGCCUCUACCUGAUGUUUUACCUCCACCAUUAUUAAUUCCUUUGCUUAAGCAAAAGACUGGUCCACCAUCCAUUCCACCAACUACUACUACUCAAAAAACUACUCCACCUAAUACUUCUGGUACUCGUGAAAGAAAUAAAGAAUGGACAAAAUUUGUUGAUUCGCCGACUGGAACUAGCAGUUCUUUGACUAGUCCAGGUUUACAAUUAGUAAAUUUUGAUUUUCAAAAAUCUGCUGUUGAAAAAGAUCCUAAAAUUCUGCAUCCUGUACCAUUGCGUUUGACACCUGAAGCAGCAAUUCUUGCUUCUGGAGCAAAUGGCAACGCUAAUAGCUGCACUACAUUAGGAGAUGAUGAUCUCCAACGUACAGCAAGUGCAUUGGUGCAACGACCUCUCAUUAAAAAACCACCUCCACCUCCUGAAGAAGCUAUUAUAGUAACUCCAAAGAAGGAACCACCGCCUCCACCACCACCCAGACCAUACAGAACACAUGCAAGAAGUUCUAGUCUUGAUCUUAAUAAAUUAGGGAAAAAUGGUCAAAGUUUCCUUGGAGCACCUCCGCUAGUUCCACCAAGAAUCUCUCCUGGAAUUACUUCACCUCGAAAAUUGGUUGGUCAAAAAAGUGAGGGAGAGGGACAAAAAGCCCUAAAUGAAAAUCAAGGUUUUGUUGCUGAUUUUUCUCACUUUUCUCCAAAGAGCGAACUACCUGAAAAUUCAUCUCUGGAAACUCCACAAUCACAACAAUUUACUGGUGUCUGUGGUGCGUUUCAUAUUUAUAGAAAACCAAGUCCAAAGCGAGAAGGUGGAGAUGAAGAAGCUCCCAAGGAUGAAGUGGAAGAAUCAAAAAAAUUAACAUUACAAGAAUUAAGAGAAAAAAACGCCGAAUUGCGAUUAGUUUGUGAAGAAUUAACACGAGAAUUAGCUAGCGCACUUCAAGAACGUAUAAAUCUUCGUGCAAAACUUUUACUUUUAACAUGA